AUGACCGCGGCCAACUCCUCCACCGUGACAUCCAGGGCCAAGGGCGAUAGCCCAACCCCAGCUCCUGCGGGCGAGCACGACGACGCCGCCCAGAAGAACAACGACUUCUUCUGGACCUACACCGAGGAGCCUCAUCGAACUCGUCGUCUAGCCAUCAUCAAGGCCCAUCCCGAGAUUACCAAGCUCUGCGGCCCCGAGCCUCUCACGAAAUGGGUCGUCCUCGGCGUCGUCUCUCUUCAGGUCUUCCUCGCCUGGAUGCUUCAUGACACUCCCUUCUUCUCUUGGAAGUUCUGGGCUGUCGCCUACGUCUUCGGCGCAACCGCAAACCAGAACCUCUUCCUCGCCAUCCACGAGAUCUCGCAUAACCUGGCUUUCAAGAGCCCCCGCGCCAAUCGCUUGAUCGCAAUCUUCGCCAAUCUCCCCAUCGGUAUUCCAUACAGCGCCUCUUUCCGGCCCUACCACCUUACUCAUCACAAGUCUCUCGGUGUUGAUGGCCUCGACACUGAUCUCCCUACCGCCUUCGAGGCCUUUGUCCUCGACUCCAUCCUCGGAAAGGCCUUCUUCUGCACCUUCCAGAUCUUCUUCUACGCCCUUCGCCCGAUGGCCGUCUACCGUGUGCCCCUGACCUCGGUCCACUACCUCAACAUCGCCGUCCAGCUCACUUUUGACGCCCUCCUAUACCGUUUCGCCUCGAUCAACGCCAUCCUCUACCUCCUCCUCUCAUCCUUCCUCGCCGGUAGCCUCCACCCCCUGGCCGGCCACUUCAUCGCGGAGCACUAUGUCUACGAGACCGUCACCCCCUCGGCGCGGGAUCCCGAGAACCGUAUCCCCGUUCCCGAGACCUUCUCGUACUACGGGCCUCUCAACUGGUUCACCUACAACGUCGGCCUCCACAACGAGCACCACGACUUCCCUGCUGUCCCCUGGACCCGUCUGCAUGCCGUCCGCGACAUUGCCCACGAGUUCUACGAUGACCUGCCUCGACACGAGAGCUGGUGCUACGCCAUCUGGCGCUUCAUCUGGGAUGAGAACGUCGGCAUGACCUGCCGCGUCAAGCGCAAGAACGGCGGCCGCCUCGUUGGUGGCGGUGUUAACUGGAAGGAGUCUGAGAUCCAGGCUUAA